CAUCUCGCCCCGCCCACAAAAGCAGCGCGCGCGCCCCCGCGACAAAUCUCCCUGCUGCCUGCGUGCGCGUUCUUCUGGCCCACCCUUUCCUUCGCCGGCUGACUCUUUCUUCCUGCAUUUACUGCCGCCCGCGACCGUCAUGAUUUUCCUGCUGGCCUUAUUUGCUAGCAUCUUUCAGACAGCUUACACCGGCGUCCAUGAACGUACCUUCCUUGCCAUCAAACCGGAUGGGGUCCAGCGUCACCUCAUUGGUGACAUCAUCAGGCGCUUUGAGAAGAAGGGCUUCAAACUGGUGGCCAUGAAACUCAUGCAGGCCUCAGAAGACUUGCUGAAGGAGCAUUAUGUCGCCCUCCGUGAACGCCCUUUCUACAACCGCCUGGUGAAAUACAUGAGCUCGGGGCCUGUUGUGGCCAUGGUCUGGCAGGGACUGGAGGUAGUGAAAACCGCUCGCACAAUGAUCGGAGAAACCAACCCAGCAGAUUCCAAACCUGGAACGAUCAGAGGCGAUUUCUGCAUUGAAGUCGGCAAGAACGUGAUUCACGGCAGCGAUUCGGCGGAGAGUGCCCAGCGAGAGAUCUCCCUCUGGUUCCACACAGAUGAGUUGACCUGUUGGGAGGACAGCACAGAGCACUGGAUUUAUGACCUUUGAAUGCAAAACUACAGAGAGCUCCAUGAAGGUGGAACACAUCUGGGGGGGUUCUGGUGCUUUUAAUUUUAGAAUGUCUUUUUCAAAGGGCUCGGUGAGGGAUUUGGAUGCUUCCUCCCCUUUUGAGACUUGAAAUUCUAUUCGGCUGGGCUCUGGACAGGCAGCAACUUUGGUUGCGUCGUUUUGGGGUGGGGGGGUUGGGGGGCAUGUUUCUUUAGCAAAAGCUAGGCUUCCAACAAGAUGGCAAUAAGGCUGGAAUAAUUGCCUAGCAAUGGAAUAUAAAGACAUGGGGACAGUUCACAUGACCGUAAACCGAGUAAGCGACGAGUCCGGUCUAGUUUCGGGAGGUGGGCACGCUCCUGGGUUGUGUUGGUGUGCUUGUAAACAGCAAGUUUGGAGAUGGGAAGCUUGGUUGUCGGCCGGACCCAGGUGGGUAGGAAGGUGCUUCUGGCUACUUUAUUCGGAAGCUGGGAACGAAAUCUGGGUAGGGCGCACUUGGCCUAUCCAGCUCGUCAUUAACACACGACCAAGCUCCCCGACUCCUCUCCUACCCUGUGUAAGGUUGCGUGAACUGCCCUCUUGCCUCCUGGGCAUCAAUGCCGGUAGUGACUCCUGCUGCUUGCUGUCUCGAAUGCUGUCGUCGCCCAACACUAACGGGAACUUGCAGACUGGAAACUCAGUGCCUCGUUCUCAUGUACCUGCCUAAAAUGAUGUUUCUAACCUUUCAGGCCUAGCAUUGGGGUGGGGCGGCUGAUUCUAGCCCAAGUUUACCUUUUCUCCAGAGGACAGUAAUGUCCAGUGGCAAGAGCAUUAGGCUCCAAAUGUCCACAAAUGAAAGACAAGCAAAACAAGGACGACCUUUAGUAGGAGACAGAGCAGCAGAUGAGAAGUGUGGCUGUCACAGCUAAGAUGAGGUCAUUCAGACGAUCAAAAAGUGUUCUACUCAGGUUUGGGAACGGGGUGUGUGUUCCCAACGUGGAUAGACGUGAUUGUGUGGAAGCAAGGUAGGAGGAAAGGCUACCCAGGUUUUUCCUCUUACCUUGCUUCCACACAACCGGAAAUUGGGAGUACAAACAGCUUCCAAACCCAGGUAGAACAGAGUUUUUGAUUGUGUGAAUGACCUCGAUAUGUCUAAAGCCUACUAGGCAGUUGGGAAGAUGCUUCUGUGUUACUGUGGUACCUGUAAGUAUCUCUGGAUCGUUGCAGGUUCGUCAUCCAACUGAAACUGACUGUACUUCCACAUACUUUCCCCAGAGAGAUUGUUUACACCUAUAAAUAUGUACAGAAUUUUUUUAAAUAUUGGCUGUGCAUUUGCUUUUCACAAUAAACUUUGGAAAGAUAA